AUGAGAGCAAGACAGCUGGUGUGUGGAAUUUGGAGUCUGUGUUUCAUGUUCUGCCUUUUCUGCAUUUUUCUUCACCAAACCACUGCAAAAAGAAAACUGAAGUUUGUGUCAUUAGUAUUUCGCCAUGGCGAUGAUACCCCACAGGAGUUUUUUCCAACCGACAAGCAUAAAGAAGUUGCAAGGCAGCAGGGAUACGGACAGCUUACCAAGCUUGGCAUACAAAAACAGUACGAGCUUGGCCAGUACGUGCGGAGAAAAUACCCUCAUUUCCUGAGUAUUGCUUACAAGCAGUGUGAGAUUUAUGUUCAAAGCACUGACUGUGAUCAAACACUUAUGAGUGCUCAGGCAAGUCUUGCUGGGCUGUACCCACCAACACAGAGCCAGAUUUGGAAUUCCAAAAUCCUUUGGCAGCCAAUUCCAGUUCACACAGUACCACUGUCACAUGAUAAUUUGCUGUACUUACCUUUCUCACAUUGCCCAAAAUACAAUGAGCUUCUGAGAGAAACCUUUGCAACAAGGGAUUUCCAAAGGCAGCUCAAGCACUACAGGCCAUUUCUCAAAUUUUUAGCCACUCAUGUGGGAUACCCAUUGAAGAAGCUGAACACUGAAAGAAUUCAGAAGCUCUCCGACACUUUACAAUUUGAGGAUAUUAACAAUUACACUUUACCUGUGUGGGCUACUCAUGGUGUCAGGACCAAGCUGAUAAAGCUCUCAGAAUUGUUAUUACAGGCAGAAUUUGGGUUUCACAAACAAAUACAAAAAUCACGUUUACAGGGAGGUAUUCUUUUAAAAAAUAUUCUAAAACAUAUCACAGAUGCUAGAAGACCUUCAAAUCAGCAAAAGAUGAUUAUGUAUUCUGCGCAUGCAGCUACUAUUGUUGCUUUACAGAUGGCCCUCAAUGUCUUCAAUGGGAAACUGCCUCCUUACAGUGCCUGUCAUUUUUUUGAACUUUAUCAGGAAAACAAUGGGCAAUACACCAUAGAAAUGUACUAUCGGAACAAUUCUCUGAGAGAUCCUCAUCCACUCACCCUCCCUGGCUGCAAAUUUCGCUGUCCACUAGAGAGAUUUACUCAGUUGGUCUCACCAGUCCUAGUACACCACUGGACAAGAGAAUGUAGGAUUAAAACAUAA